GUGGCAAUCACACGUUGAUUUUUCUCGACCAAUCACAAAGACAUCGGCACCCUCUAUCUCGUAUUUGGUGCCUGAGCCGGAAUAGUGGGGACAGGCCUAAGUCUGCUUAUUCGGGCAGAACUAAGCCAACCCGGGGCUCUCCUGGGAGACGACCAAAUUUAUAAUGUAAUCGUCACCGCACACGCCUUUGUAAUAAUCUUUUUUAUAGUAAUACCCAUUAUGAUUGGGGGGUUCGGAAACUGGCUUAUUCCACUAAUAAUUGGGGCCCCAGAUAUGGCGUUCCCUCGAAUGAAUAACAUGAGUUUCUGACUUCUUCCCCCCUCCUUUCUCCUCCUCUUAGCCUCUUCAGGUGUUGAAGCCGGAGCAGGUACCGGAUGAACCGUAUACCCCCCACUAGCUGGCAAUUUAGCCCACGCCGGGGCAUCCGUAGACCUGACAAUCUUCUCACUUCACCUUGCAGGAAUUUCAUCAAUUCUGGGGGCAAUUAACUUUAUUACUACUAUCAUUAACAUGAAACCCACAACAGUCACUAUGUACCAAAUCCCCUUAUUUGUUUGAGCCGUUCUUAUUACAGCCGUACUUCUUCUUCUAUCCCUGCCCGUUUUAGCCGCAGGAAUUACAAUACUACUGACAGACCGCAACCUUAACACGACCUUCUUUGACCCUGCCGGAGGAGGUGACCCCAUCCUCUACCAGCACCUAUUCUGAUUCUUUGGUCACCCAGAGGUAUACAUUCUUAUUCUCCCGGGCUUCGGAAUAAUUUCUCACAUUGUUGCAUACUAUGCAGGUAAGAAAGAACCUUUUGGCUACAUGGGGAUAGUCUGAGCCAUAAUGGCCAUUGGACUCCUGGGGUUCAUUGUCUGGGCCCAUCACAUAUUUACAGUCGGAAUAGAUGUAGAUACACGAGCCUACUUUACCUCUGCCACAAUAAUCAUUGCGAUUCCAACUGGCGUAAAAGUCUUUAGCUGACUCGCAACCCUCCAUGGAGGAAGCAUUAAAUGAGAAACACCCCUUCUAUGAGCCCUCGGCUUUAUUUUUCUCUUUACAGUAGGCGGUCUCACUGGCAUCGUCUUAGCUAACUCCUCUCUCGAUAUUGUUCUGCAUGACACAUACUAUGUAGUCGCUCACUUCCACUAUGUACUAUCUAUGGGUGCUGUAUUUGCAAUCGUUGCCGCCUUCGUCCACUGGUUUCCAUUAUUUACAGGCUAUACCCUUCACUCCACAUGAACAAAAAUCCACUUCGGCCUGAUAUUUAUUGGAGUCAAUCUAACAUUCUUCCCCCAACAUUUUCUGGGCCUGGCCGGAAUACCCCGACGGUACUCAGACUACCCAGAUGCAUACACCCUUUGAAACACUGUUUCAUCAAUCGGGUCCCUAAUGUCCCUCGUUGCUGUAAUUUUAUUUUUAUUCAUUAUUUGAGAAGCAUUUACAGCCAAACGAGAAGUCGGAGCAGUAGAACUAACUGCAACUAACAUUGAAUGACUUUACGGCUGCCCUCCGCCCUACCACACAUUUGAAGAGCCCGCAUUCGUACAAGUUCGUAUAAAUUCGAACAAGCUAACGAGA